AACAAUUGUGAUAACAUAAUUUUUCAGGUUGACAGACAACUGCCAACAUGCAGAUCUUCGUUAAAACCRUAACGGGUAAGACCAUCACCCUUGAAGUAGAGCCUAGCGAUACUAUUGAGAAUGUCAAGACCAAGAUUCAGGACAAGGAAGGUAUUCCCCCUGAUCAACAGCGAUUGAUCUUUGCUGGUAAGCAGCUUGAGGAUGGACGCACUCUYUCUGAUUAUAAUAUCCAAAAAGAAUCAACUCUUCAUCUUGUCCUGCGUCUACGUGGUGGAGUCAUUGAACCCAGUUUACGUAUCUUGGCCCAGAAGUACAACUGUGACAAGAUGAUUUGCAGAAAGUGUUAUGCRCGUCUUCACCCCCGUGCUACCAACUGCAGAAAGAAGAAGUGUGGACACAGUAACAACCUCCGUCCCAAGAAGAAGCUGAAGUAGAGUGUUGUAUGCAGUUUAAUAUCAAUGAAUAAAGCUAUUGUGCUGUG